AGCAGAAAUCCGGCGAAAAGGAAACCAAUGAGGAUGAAGACGAGAAAGGCUCACACAAUCCAACUAUUGAGAAAGAAGAGCAAAAAUCCGACGAAAAGGAAACCAACGAGGAAGGAGUUGAGAAGGACUCACAUAAUCCAUCGAUUGAGAAAGAAGAGCAAAAAUCCUGCAAACAAGAAACCAAUGAGGAAGGAGAUAAAGAAGACUCAUUUAAGCCAUCGAUUGAGAAAGAAGAGCAAAAAUCCGGCAAACAAGAAACCAAUGAGGAAGGAGAUAAAGAAGACUCAUUUAAGCCAUCGCUUGAGAAAGAAGAGCAAAAAUCCGACGAACAUUUAACCAAUGAGAAAGGAGAUAAGGAAGGCUCAUAUAAGCCAUCGAUUGAGAAAGAAGAUCUAGGCCACAACAAUCCAGAUUUGCCUUCAUUCAGUAGUGUGUCAAAUCGUUAUGACAAAUGCAAACAUUGCGAAAGCCUUUUGCCAGCGGGUUCUAACUUCUGUUCAAAAUGUGGUGAAGAAGUUGUCACAUUAAGGCGGAUUACAUGUCCAAACUGCAAGAAAGAGGUGAUGGAGGGCAAAUUCUGUAAUUCAUGUGGGAAAAGCCUGAAAGUAGCAGUCCAGAAAACGUGUCCAAAUUGCAACAAGUUAAAAUUAGGGAACUUUUGUGAUGAAUGUGGACGACCACUUAUCAAAUUCAUCAUACCUAAUAAGAUAACAAAUAGUCAAGUGCUCAGUGGAGCUAUCUGA